GGCUGGUGGUUAGUUGGCAAAGUAUUAAAUUGUGUUUAGGUAACGUUGAUAACACUAACACAAUUUCUAGGUUAUUUAAUGAAGCAAAGCUUAAGGUAUGUUCCUGUUUACUAGCGUGCAUGUUGGAGGGUCUGAGCAAACAGUUGAGGAACAUAAUGAACAUUUGAAAGGUGCUAAUUUUGAUGAUCAACAGCUCAGAAUUUAAGUACAUUUGUAAUGCCUUCUGCUUACACAACACAUGUACCUCCUUCCAGCACACCAGCAAUUUCAACGACCACUGGAAUCAUGGAGGAUUUGAUGAUGUUGAAGCUUGUAUCUAUGGGUCUUGUGUUUCUUUCUACAUUCCUAGGUGCCUUAUCUCCAUUGAUCCUUUUCCGAUCCAAAAGCAAAUUCAAAUCUGGGCCUGUUGAACGGAAUUUUAAAGGGCGGAUCUUAAGCUUUUGCAAUUGCUUGGCAGGUGGUGUAUUCCUUGCAACAUGUUUCCUUGGAUUGUUUCCUGCGGCACAGACACAAGUGCAACAAAUCGUUAAAGAAAGACACAUUGACACUGAUUAUCCUGUUUGUGAAUUGCUGGUCAUUGUUGGUUUCUUUUUGAUUCUCAUUUUUGAAAAAUGCGUCAUCACGUGCACAAUGAAGGAAAAAACAACCCUAGAUGAAAUAGAGAUGACUAGAAGAGACACACGAUUGAAUGAAAUUAGUGAACAUUCAAGCGAAGAAGAAAUAUUUAGUAGUCAUGAAUCGGACAGAUUACCAAUGCUUAAAAAUGGUAGCAUACCAAAGCGCCAUCAUAAUCAUCAUCAGAACCAUAGUGGGCAUAGUCAUCUUGGUGAUGGAAGACAAAUAAAUAGUCUGCGAUCUUUAGUUCUACUUCUUGCACUGUCAAUACACUCUGUAUUCGAAGGUAUGGCUUUGGGAUUACAGACUGAAUCUCGCACGAUUUGGUAUCUUUUAAUCGCUAUGAUAGUGCACGAAUCGUUAGCAGCAUUUGCUUUAGGAGCCAGCUUAUUGAAAUCACAUGCUACCAAGAGAGUCUUUGUAUUAUAUGGACUGAUAUUCUCAACAAUGAUUCCAAUUGGAAUUGUGCUUGGAUUAGGCGUGAGUUCAGCACAGGGUGUCACGGCCCAUGCAUGUUCAGCCGUCCUGCAAGCCUUCGCUGCUGGUAUUUUCAUUUAUGUAACUUUUUUUGAAAUAUUAAAUCACGAAUAUGAAAAUGAAAGUGACGGGCUUUGGAAGGUAUUUUUCACUGCUAUUGGAUUUGGGUUCCUUGCAGUUUUUGAAGCAGUGGGGUGAAAUGUAUGAUUUCAACCAUAGAGAAAGAAAAUAACAAAAUCCCUAAAUAUAUUUUAAACAUAAAUUUAUAAUUUUAGGUUUGCAUAAAGUAAAAAUUCUCCAAUUACUAUGGUAAACUUUCAUGCUUGUUUUGUUUUACAAUAUAAAUAAUGAUCUAAUCAGUUUCAAACUGUAUACUUUCCUAUUGUGUUUGUGAAAAAAGACAAGCUGUAGGCCUACUAUUGGGCUAGUCUCAUCUUUAAGUGAUGGGAGAAUAUAUUGAAUUUUGGGACUAGCAUCAAAUUUAGGUCUGACAAACUAGCUUUUGAACUUAGUUUGGUCUUCUUCUGGUUUACAGACUUAUGUCACACCUGCAAAAUUGUUGAUGACAUAUAGUGUCAUACAAUAGAGAAAAUAUGGUCAUACUGUAGGAGUCCUUUUUAAUUGAGUGGAGUUGAAUAGCUUGGUGGUUAAGAUGCCUGGGUUCAAUUCCUGUCAGUGUUGCAUUAUUAUUUUAUCACAACUAAAACAACUCCACUUCUCUAAACCUCAUAUUGAGAUUUAGUUUGUAAAGCAUCAUGUAUCAAUGUUAUUCUUGUCAAAGGAAUUGUCACCUACAAGUAGGACAGCGAUAUAUUCACUAUUGACAGUCCUUGAUGCAUGUGUUAAUGUGUGCCUAAAGUAAAUAAAAUAAAAUCAUUUGUUGUGGUAAAAGUGGAUGUUUGUAAUGAUGUUUUUAUUUAUUAUUUGAUUCAUCAUGUACCUUGUAUACAUUGUUUGUUUUUUUUCUUUUUUGAACUCUUUUUUUUGAAGAUCAUUUUUAUUUCAUAAAUUAUUGAUUUUGUAUUUUAAAGAUUUUGUAAUACUUUGUUUUUCAACUGUUGGUACAGGGGCGGAUCCAGUGUAAUACUUUGAGAAUACUUAUUUUUAGCAGGGAACAGUGAAAUUUCACUGUUUCUUUGUUUUAGAGGUUUAAUUUGUUUUAAUCCACCAGAAAUUGCCACAUUAUACAGACACUGUAUAUUUAUGAUUCACAAUACAUCCAUUUUUUAUUUUUGGCCAUGAAUACCUCAAUGCUAAGAUGGAUUCCAUCUGUAAUGGAGUUCUAAACACAUUGUACUUGCAUUACUGUAUAUCACAGCUGAAACCAAACACCUGCAUUCCUAUUGGGAUCAGCUUAAAGGUAAUAAGCAAGAAGGUAUGAACAUGAUUCACUGUAAAAUUAUAGUGAUGGUCCCUGGGAGUAAAAAGUGAACAAACUGUAAUUCUCUUUCUCCAAGUCAUGUUCAAUAGGGCGUAGUUGGCCCUUAACUGGACAUGUCAUGCUCAGGGGCAGAUCCAGAAAUGUCCAAAAGGGAGGCCGAAAGUGGGGCCGAUCGAGAUAACACACCCUAGGGGUCCGGGGAAUUCCCCCGUGCAAUUUUUGUUUUCUAGAUGCCCGAAAAUAACUUCUGAGGUGUUUUGGACAAUCAAUUUUUUCUUUUUCUUUUUUUUAACUUUCCAAAAGAGUAGAGGGGGGGGGGCCACCCAAGGCCCCCUUAAAUCCGUCCCUGACGCUAGGUGCUGUGAGAGACUGGUAUCAAAUUACAUUAAUUUCAUAUUCCCUUAGAACUGUUUACACAAAUUCACUCACUUGCAUUACAGGCCUACUAUACGUGGGACACCAGAAAUUGCCACAUUAUACAGACACUGUAUAUUUAUGAUUCGCAAUACACCCAUUUUUUAUUUUUGGCCAUGAAUACCUCAAUGCUAAGAUGGAUUCCAUCUGUACUGGAGUUCCAAACACAUUGUACUUGCAUUACUGUAUAUCACAGCUAGGUGCUGUGAGAGACUGGUAUCAAAUUACAUUAAUUUCAUAUUCCCUUAGAACUGUUUACACAAAUUCACUCACUUGCAUUACAGGCCUACUAUACGUGGGGCUUGCCCAAAACCAAACACCUGUUGUGUUCCACUUGGGAUCAGUGUAAAGGUAUUUGCCAGGAGGUUAUCAAACAAAAUCAUGCACUACUAUAAUAAGUGGUGGUUCCUUGGAGUAAAAGUUGAACACAUACUGUAGAACAUUCUCUUUCUCCAAUUCAUGUUCAGUAGCCGGCGAGCCUUGUUGUAUGAUCACUGUUACCCUAGGUAUUGUGGGACUAUAAAUUCAUUGUACAUUGUGUGAUAACUUUUAUUUAGCACUACAGUAAUGAAUUGUGCUCAGCUAUUAAAUGUGGCGAAAACAAGCCAAACCAGUCACUUCUCAAAAAUCAUGUUUUCGAGAUACAGUAAUGGUUAAAACAUGUUGGAAUGUCAACAUUUUCGAAAUCUAUUUUAUUGCAGUAAACUAAACAUUAUGUACCUACAUCAUGCUAUGUUACUAUUUUCCUCAUUUUUCUAUGUUAAAACAACAUUCUUUAACAAUGUUUUUUUCUCUCUGUGAAAAGUCUGAAAUCAUAAAAUUUAAAGGCUUAAUUAUUUCUCAAUUACUGUUAUUUAAAUGCUAUGAAGACAUAACAAAAUUUCAGAUUUAAAUGAUUCUUUAACACUGUUAUAACUUUCAUUUUAGUACUGUGUAUUAAUUAUAAUAACUACAUACAUGUAACAAAAUCUAUUUUUUGCGAGGUGACUGGUUUGGCUUGUCUUAGCCACAAAUGGUAUGAAUUGUAUUACAGUACUUUCAUAUUCCCAUCUGUUGGAAAAUUAUUCAUGACAAGUGAUAACAAUAUGUUAUUAUCUGCUAAAUAUUAUUUCUAAUUGCUUUGGUUAUCAUUGUCUUAAUUUUUUUUUGUAUUUAACUGAGUUAAAAAUAUUUAUAGCAUGGUUAUACCCACAGUAAGAUUGUAUUAGGUUUACAAUUUAUAAUAUGAAGUGAAAUUGGUUAGUAUCAAAAUGCUGUUUUCCAGUUUGCCAACAAAAAUAAUGCAAUCACUCAUUUAAUAUUUUUUAUACAUUUGUGCUAUUUAUUUACAUUUGCUUUUGAAUAUGCUGUAUUUUAUGUCAUAAAAUUUCGGUUUGGUGUGAAUUGUAUUUUAAUUAUAUAUUUUAAUAGAAUUGGUAUAAAUUGCCAAGAAAUUCAAUUUAUUUUCAGAUAGUUUAGUGAUAAGGUGCUCUUUUGAAAUAAGUGUUUAUUUCAUUUUAAUAUAUUUCAAACAUUGAUUAAUUUAAAUUUGUGAAUGAGUCAGCAAAAAGCAAAUGUUUGCUUUUUUAAAUGAACAUAAAAAUUGUAUUAUUAUAUUAUUGAGAAAAUGUAAAUUUAUCUGAAUAUGAACAGCUUGCACUAGUGACAUUCUAAACAGACGAUGAAAAAUGACAUCAUAUCAUGACCAUAUAUGGUCAUACUACCAUUUUUUGUCAAAAGUCUAUGCAAAGACAGGCAUUUUGUUAAUUAUUAUAGCAGUAAACAUGAUUUAAUUGGUGAGGGAAUCGUAAGUAAUUCAUGUUUUAAUUAAAAAGUUUAAAAUAAAAUUUAUAUGGCAGUAUAUAUGUAAUCAUUAAAACUAAAAAUUCUAUUGAUAAUUGAAUUUCGUUUUAGUAGCUACUGUACUGGCACAUCAAACAAUAUGGUUACAAUCCAAGAAAAGGUUUGGAUUUUAACAGGAAAAUAAUGAUUAACUAAGUAUGCACACUUAAUCGUAACAAUGACUUUGUCAGCUGUCGGAUCAUUUGCAUAUGACGUCUUUUGUAUGAUUAUGUGACAAGUUCAGUAUAUCUGUGGGCUACUCAAACAAGACCAUAUAUUUUCAAAAAGAACCAAAUAUAAACAAAUAUAGAAUAAUGUGUAUCAAGAUAAAAAAGCUGGUUUUGCUAUUAUUUCAUUUUGAAAUUCAAUAAAACCGUGUGAUUUAA